CAUUCUCUUGCAUUCUCGUAAUUCUAUCAUCUUUAUCUACAAAAGUCGGAAAAAAUUGUUAUACGGUUGAAUUUCAAGGACUUAAUAAUGCUUUCUCUAAGGCUUUAUCGAGAAGUUUAGAGUUCCGUAAAACAUUUCUGGAUAUUUUGAAAAAUGCUUUAUUAACAUAAAUGCGAAUAUAUGAAUAAUUGGCAUAAAUUUUAUAUUUUUAUAUAUAUGCAUAGUCAGUGGCGCGUUAUCCUACGGGCAGAAAGGGCAACUGCCUAAUGGACCUCAAACCAGUCUUUUAUAAGAAAAAUUUCCCCCCAAAAAAUCCCUCGAAGUAAAAUAUUUGAAAUCAACACUAUACAGUGUACUGUACAUGGGGACCUAAUUCAAAUUUGCGUAGGUCCUAUGAGGCUAUAACGCGAUACUGUGCAUAGUACUAUAGUAUUAGAGUUUAUAUUUAUGUUUUUUUGUUGUUUUCAUUCGAUUCUGUGCAGGCUUGCAAAUUAAUAUGUGUAGAUAUUCUGUACUAUAGGCUACAUAAUGCGUUUUAGCAUGUUUCAUUUGUUCAUAAGCUUAAUUAUAUUAGAGCUAUGUAUUUCAUUCAAUAAAAUCAUUUCAUAAACAUAUAAUUGACCUGUGCUUUAUAUUUAUAAUCACUUACAACUGAGUUUUAACACGACUUCUAACCUUAAACGUCAACGAAAGUGAAAAUUUAAAAUUGUAAUCUUAAAGGUAUCUCAUUAUUGUUUUUUAAAUAAAAAUACGCCGAUCAUUACUACAUUUUUAAGGGUAUUUACAUGGAAGCUUUCUUUAUUUUAUAAAAAUAAUUGUAUAGACUUAUUAUUUUAGUGAUGUUUAUUUCAUGUCAGAUAAGUAAAUUAACUGGGAAGACUUCAUUUAUAUGAAUUGCUUAUUUACAUAAAAUCAGCAUUGAAACAAUAAUAAUUGGUUCAAAAGUAGACCAAUUGAAUGCGGGAAAUCCCUAGGAAACAUCGGUAGUUAUUUAAAAAAAAAAAUUGUAAGAUGGACAUUGAAGUUCAUCUGAAAUCAGCCGAUGUCACUAUUGUCACAAUGAGUUCAAGGUUAAGCGAUAAAUCGCGAUUCACAUUCAGAAUUUGACAGGAGAGAGGGUGGAUCAAAUCUAUAUAAAUAGGAGAGGUUUUCCUAUGAUGGCCACAGUGAACUAAAUUCACUUAGCAAUAUGUACAGAAUCAUUUUACUUCUGGGUCUUGCUAUUGCUGUAAGAGCAGAACCUCUUCCUGUUCACCCUUAUGGAACCCUUGCUCUUCAGACUGCGAUAGAUGAAACACCCAAACCUUAUCAAUUCUCUUACCAAGCAGAAGCAAUUGGAGGUGUCAGUUCUCGUCAAGAAACUGCCGAUGGUGCUGGUACAGUUGUAGGUUCUUACAGCUUAUCUGAUGAAGACGGAAGAGCUCGUGUGGUAGAUUACGUAGCCGAUGCAGCCGGAUUCAGAGCUAGCGUUAAGACAAACGAACCAGGAACCAAAAACGAAAGUCCUGCCGAUGUAGCGACUGUUUCUGAUGCCACCGACACCUCAAUUACUCACGUAGCUCCCGCUACUUACAGUCAUCCUCUUCGUUACGGAUCCCAUGUCGGUCAUCGUUAUCCAUACAACUAUGGUAGCUUAGGAUAUGGAUAUGCCGGCCGUUAUGGACUUCAUGGUCACGAUGGUCGCUAUGGGCUUUAUGGUCACGCUGGUCGCUAUGGGCUUUAUGGUCACGCUGGUCGCUACGGCGCUUUGGGUUAUUACGGUGCAUACGCUCCCGGUCACGCAGGCCAUUACGGUUACGGUGGAUAUCAUCCAUAUACCUAUGGCCACCCACACGGAUAUUUGAAUAGAUAUGAGCCGAUUCAAAUAACUAUAAAUACUGAUGUAGAACUGAAGGUGCAUAAGCCACUCUGGAAUAACACAAUAUUCGCUAAGAUGUAUAAGGCUAUUAUAUUGUUGGGUUGCUUAUUGGUGGUAAAGGCUGGAGUUCCUCAUCACCCUUGGCAUUACGGAGUUUCACCAUAUUACAGAUCUGUUGUUCCAGUAGACGAAUCACCUAAACCAUAUCAAUUCGCUUAUCAAGCAGAAGCCAUUGGAGGCGCCAGCGCUCGCCAAGAAUCCGCUGAUGGUUCUGGUACCGUAGUUGGUUCCUAUAGUUUAUCUGAUAUCGAUGGAAGAUCAAGAGUUGUAGAUUAUGUAGCCGACGAAGCUGGAUUCAGAGCUACUGUUAAAACCAACGAACCAGGAACCAAAAGCGAAAGCCCCGCCGAUGUGCCAACCAUCUCUUCAGCCGGUGAUGCUAGUAUUGUUAAUGUUGCACCUUCCGCCUACGGUGCAGGUUUGCACCAAUAUGGUAUUCAUCACCGUGGUUAUGGAUACCCACACGGAUAUUUAGGACAUCAUGGAUAUAGUGGCUUGCAUGGUUACGGAUACGGCGGUCUGGGAUAUCACGGAGCUUAUGGGGGUUUAGGCUAUCGUGGAUAUCAUCCAUACGGCCAUAAUUAUUAUGGUCGCCAUUGCAGUAGAUCUAUCAAUAGUAUGGUCUUGGUGGUUUUGGUGGUCGAUAAUAAGGUCUUGGUCGAUAAUAAGGAGCCGAUUCAAAUAACUAUAAAUACUGAUGUAGAACUGAAGGUGCAUAAGCCACUCUGGAAUAACACAAUAUUCGCUAAGAUGUAUAAGGCUAUUAUAUUGUUGGGUUGCUUAUUGGUGGUAAAGGCUGGAGUUCCUCAUCACCCUUGGCAUUACGGAGUUUCACCAUAUUACAGAUCUGUUGUUCCAGUAGACGAAUCACCUAAACCAUAUCAAUUCGCUUAUCAAGCAGAAGCCAUUGGAGGCGCCAGCGCUCGCCAAGAAUCCGCUGAUGGUUCUGGUACCGUAGUUGGUUCCUAUAGUUUAUCUGAUAUCGAUGGAAGAUCAAGAGUUGUAGAUUAUGUAGCCGACGAAGCUGGAUUCAGAGCUACUGUUAAAACCAACGAACCAGGAACCAAAAGCGAAAGCCCCGCCGAUGUGCCAACCAUCUCUUCAGCCGGUGAUGCUAGUAUUGUUAAUGUUGCACCUUCCGCCUACGGUGCAGGUUUGCACCAAUAUGGUAUUCAUCACCGUGGUUAUGGAUACCCACACGGAUAUUUAGGACAUCAUGGAUAUAGUGGCUUGCAUGGUUACGGAUACGGCGGUCUGGGAUAUCACGGAGCUUAUGGGGGUUUAGGCUAUCGUGGAUAUCAUCCAUACGGCCAUAAUUAUUAUGGUCGCCAUUGGUAAAUAAUAAAUGUAGUUUCUUGCUCUUGUCUGAUAUGCUUAGAUUGCUUUGAGCCUUUCUACAUUUACUUAAAUUUGUUUUAUUUUGUCUUGUAUGUUUUAAAUAUCUUCUAUAUUUCUUAAAAUUGUUAAAUGUCUGAACUGUAAUUCUUCUUGUACUUGUAAUGUGGGGAUAUCUUGGUAUUAUACAA